AUGGCCUCUCGUCGGGGAGUUGGGCUUGGUGCCUUUGCGAACCGCACUCAAGCCACACAAUCGUACGCUAACCAUGGCGCAAACCUACGCUCCACGCACACCUCCUCGCUCCAGACCCAGCUCUCUGUCUUCCAGAACUUACUCCAUACCUUCGCGCUGGAGCAUAGCUCAACAAUCAAAUCGAAUCCGACCUUCCGCGCAGAGUUUGCGCGAAUGUGCAAUGUCAUUGGCGUCGACCCUCUUGCAGCCAGUAACGUGAAAGGCAAAAAUGCACGCAAGGGCCUCGGCGAUGGAGCCAGCUUCUGGACGCAGAUUAUGGGUGGGGACAUGAACGACUUCUACUUUGAGGUCGCUGUCCGGGUAGUGGAGCUUUGUCGUGAUACACGUAGUGAGAAUGGAGGUUUACUCGGUGUUCAGGAGUGUCGGAAGCGUGUAGGUAAGGGAAAGGCGAUUGGUAGUGGACUUGAAGUAACAGACGACGAUGUUCUACGUGCCGUGAAGUCUCUUGAACCCCUUGGCUCAGGGUUCUCUAUCAUUCUGGUCGGCAGCAAACAAUAUAUUCGCUCUAUCCCAAAAGAGCUGAAUACAGACCAAUCUACCGUUCUCGAAGCCAUCCAAAUACUAGGCUAUGUGAGCGUUUCAAUGUUACAAAUUAAUCUCAAUUGGGAAAAGGCUCGCGCAAAAACGGUUCUCGACGAUCUUCUUGCAGAUGGUCUUGUUUGGGUGGAUCUCCAAUGCGCAGAAAAGGAAUAUUGGUCGCCUCAGAAACUCUUCAAUGAUGGCGAUGAUGGUUGA